AGCUUCGCAAUCUCUUCUGUUGGGUGUGAUAGAGUCUCCCUUUGGGACUCGGAUCUGUAAGAGGGGCAGGGGUGCCAGCCGUCCUGUGGGCCUACCCAUAUAAGCAGGGACACCAUAUUCUUCUCUUCCCGCAGAGCUACAUAUGCCAGGGGGCCGUCAGUUGAGUGACCAGUGACCACGGCCGCCUUCUGUCCGCCAGAGCACCACUCUUCUGUCGCCAUGGGUAACAACGCACCUCUGCCGGCGCCGCGGCGAAAAUCCGACACCGGCAGCCAGCCCAUAAGCCCUGCGCCGACCGUGUCACCACUCUACAGCCAGACUCCCAUGGGCCAUCCUGAGAAGCAAGACGAGGGAAUCAAGAUUUCGUCCACAGAAGCCUCGGUCUUCCUUGAUGGCAGCGACCAUGGUGGCCAUGCUCAGCAUGCAUUCGAGCCAGUUCCGUGCCGGGGCGCUUCCAACAAAAAGUUCUGGGAUGACGCCGUGCUUGAUAUCUUGCAAGUUCUACUGGUCAUCCCUUUCUUCUGCCUUGGCAUCAUUGUACUCGUCCAGGAUGGCAAGACGACAACCGAAGUCAAGUGGAUCCACCAUAUCACAGCGGCGAUAUCAUACGGCCCAACCGUCUUUCCCAUCCUGUUCUCACUUAUUAUCGGUCGGCUCAUGAAGGCUGCCCUGAGGUGGAGGUUAGAACGUCGGGCCACGGUAGAGACCAUCGAGCAGCUCCACGGCAGCCGCACGGUCACCUCCGCCAUUAUAACCCAGAUCAAACUGCAAAGCUUCAACCUCUUAGCGAUAGGCAUCGUCCUUCUCUGGGCCCUCUCGCCCGUCGGCUCACAGGCAGCCCUCAGAAUCGCCGCUAUCGUCCCUGUCGUCAAAAAUGUCGGGUUCAAUCUCACAUAUUUGGAUGUCAGAAACCAGUUCGAUCCUUUUGAUGUGGGCACCUCCAGGUCGCUCGCCACGGGCCUUUUUACCUCGUCCAUUCUGGUGUCCCAGUCCGAUGAGGGUUGGGAUGCGUGGGGCAACAUGAAGGUCCCCAUGAUCGAGAGUCUCGAAGGCGAUACGCCAAGCUUGAAUUGGAUCUCGACUGAAGGCCGUAACGUGUCGUACGCAUCGCUGAUCGGAAUCCCUGCCAUGAUCAACUCGACCCUGGAGGCGGCCGAAGGCACAGACGUUGCUUUCUCCCUCGACACGUCCUACUGGUGGAUGAACUGCAGCACCCAGAUGAUCACGAACGACUCUUGGGUGUUCCCAGACCACGACUUGGCCCACACCGAGGAUGGGAUAAACUCACUGGUCGCCUAUGAUUUCAAGGACCAAUCCACCCGGAUGGCGCGGGAAUCAGUGUACAGUCGUCGCGGCGCCAGCACCGAUCCAAAAGAUAUAGCAUGGUUGCCCAUCAACGACACGACGGCCAAGAUUAUGGACUAUUUCGACUGGCGACCCCGACGCCUUGACCUGAUAGCCAACAACACACGAAAGGCCGGAUCGAGGUUCGUCGCGAAAUGCAACAUGACCACAACGUUCGUGACCAUAAACGCCACCUGCAGCGGAGCUGUUGCCUCUCGGCCCUUGUCGACCUCGAGCCCGCUCCAGCGGUGCCGCCCCACUGCGGUCCGGCGGUUGCAGCUGAACGAGACGCGAAGCACCGUUACGAUCCUCGACUUCCUCCGCGUCAGCAGGAACAACACGGGCAGGGCGGUCGAAUUCCUGCAGGAUUUUGUGGCCGCGAGCCCCUCCGAUGCCUCCCCCCACGCGAGCCUCCACGUCGGCUACCUCGCCAACCCGAACAGCCCGGGCUCGUUCGAGAGGGAUUUCCCGGACUGGACGGCCGUGUCGGCGCGGGACUUUGGCAUGCGCUUCGCCCGCCUGCUCAACACAUAUUGGGUGGCCGCCGUCGGGUACAAGCCCGUGCAGGGGAACUUCGACCGCAAGACAGCCGAGCUGGACCAGCUCGGCGACGCGCCCGGCGGGCUCGGCGGGGUCUUCAACUACGUCGACGGGGGCCUGGGCACUGCGGGCAUACCGCACGAGGCGCUCAAGGCCGACGCCACCUGGGCGGCCGUCCUGCUGGUGGUUUCGGGGGUGCUGCUGGGCGCGGCCGUCGCGACGCUGGUGCUGAACGUGAGGCGCAGGACUCCGGGCGGCAUCGAGAAUUUUUCCAACAUGCUGCGCGACACGCCGCACGCCCAGGUCAUGUUGGGUGGGCAGAAGUGGCCCUUGACCAUGUCUUCCAUGCUGGACGGGUUUGAGCGGUCUAGGCUUUUGAAGGACGUCGUGGUCCAGGUCGGGGAUGUGGCACCGGCUGCGCCGUAUGGCUAUCUUGCUGUAGGCACGCCUGAGACGGUUGAAAUGGAAAGGUUGAAGAAGGGGAGAAAGUACAUGUGAGCAAGGCUGUUUUGUCCAGCAGUCAAGUACAAUGAUAUAGUGGGGCAAAUACGUUGUAGAAACUCGGGUUCCGGUUCCUCGAGUCUUUUCAUGAGCCCAGAUUGCUCUCACUCUGCCUCCAGCUUCCUACUCUAGCCCAAUAAACGGAUUUCUCGACUUGUCUGACAAC